UUCUCCUCCUCCCUUCAGAUAAUCAGCACCAUGGAAACUCAGGUGUCCAACGGUCCGAGCGGAACCAGUCUGCCUAAUGGCCCAGUCAUCAGCACCAAUGGUGCCACAGAUGACAGCAAGACCAAUCUGAUCGUCAACUACCUGCCUCAGAACAUGACCCAAGAGGAGUUCAAGAGCCUUUUCGGCAGCAUCGGGGAGAUCGAGUCCUGCAAACUAGUCAGAGACAAGAUUACAGGCCAGAGUCUGGGAUAUGGAUUUGUAAACUAUGUGGAUCCUAACGACGCAGACAAGGCCAUCAACACUCUCAAUGGUCUCAAGCUGCAGACCAAAACAAUCAAGGUGUCCUACGCCAGACCCAGCUCGGCCUCUAUCCGCGAUGCUAACCUAUACGUGAGUGGCCUCCCCAAGACCAUGAGCCAGAAGGACAUGGAGCAGCUCUUCUCCCAGUAUGGUCGUAUCAUCACCUCCCGCAUCCUGGUGGACCAGGUCACAGGCAUAUCGCGAGGAGUGGGUUUUAUCCGGUUUGACAAGAGAAACGAGGCAGAGGAGGCUAUCAAGGGCCUGAACGGCCAGAAGCCCCUGGGCGCCGCCGAACCCAUCACCGUCAAGUUUGCCAAUAACCCCAGUCAGAAGACGGGCCAGGCCCUGUUGACCCAGCUGUACCAGACUGCCGCUCGCCGUUACACCGGACCCCUACACCACCAGACCCAGAGAUUCAGACUCGACAAUUUACUAAACGUCAGCUACGGAGUCAAGAGCAGGUUCUCCCCAAUCACUAUUGACAGUAUGACCAGUCUGGCCGGUGUCAACCUGACCGGGCCCACGGGAGCCGGCUGGUGCAUCUUCGUCUACAACCUUUCCCCCGAAGCAGACGAGAGCGUACUGUGGCAGCUCUUUGGACCCUUCGGUGCUGUCACAAACGUCAAGGUCAUUCGUGACUUCACCACUAACAAAUGUAAGGGCUUCGGCUUCGUCACCAUGACCAACUACGACGAGGCGGCCAUGGCCAUCGCCAGUUUGAACGGCUAUCGCCUGGGUGACCGCGUGCUGCAGGUCUCCUUCAAGACCAGCAAGCAGCAUAAGGCCUGA